AAAAGUCGUGAUUGUUGACUAUUUAAAAACCGCACUGUUUCAAGUUGAAACUCACAAGUAGAGAACAAAUGAAAAAAGGAUUCGCAAGUCACUAUCCGAUACCGUUUUGCUUCGCCUUUUCUCCAUCUUUUGUUUCUCCAUUCGCAAGUCACUAUCGUACGUAACCGUCGUCUAUAAUUCGUUCGAAAUCAUUCUUCUCAUUCCUUUUUCGCCGAAACCGUUUUUCUGAUAAGGUGAUCACAAUGAUUGGAUCGUUUCUGACAAGAGGGCUUUUAAUGGUGUUUGGAUAUGCAUAUCCUGCUUAUGAGUGCUUCAAAACGGUCGAACUCAACAAGCCUGAAAUUCAACAACUUCAGUUCUGGUGCCAGUAUUGGAUUAUUGUAGCUGCUUUGACGAUUUUCGAAAGAAUUGGUGAUGCUCUUGUUUCUUGGUUACCAAUGUAUAGCGAGGCGAAGUUGGCUUUCUUCAUUUAUCUCUGGUUUCCAAAGACUAAAGGAACAACAUACGUUUACGAUUCUUUCUUCAGGCCAUAUAUAGCAAAGCAUGAAAAUGAAAUUGACCGCAACUUGGUGAAGGUAAAGACUAGAGCUAAGGAUAUGGCAAUGAUAUAUCUCCAAAAAGCAAUCAACCAAGGGCAGACCAAAUUCUUUGAGAUCUUACAGUAUAUCACAGAACAAUCAACACCAAAAUCUAAGGCUGAGGAAAAGAAAGAGACAACAAUACCUAAACUCGAUGAUCCAAUUCUUAAGGUGAAAGAAAACGAAGUCACUAAAUGAGGUACGUAGAGUCAUUCGAGAGGAAAACGUUAAGCCUGACUCGUGGGAAACUAUUGGGGAAAACACACUGUACUAACUAACUAUGCAUCAUCUUCUUUCUUUUAGUCGUUACUAUGAAUAAAUCAUGAAUCUCAAAUGUAAAUUGCUUCGGAGAAAAAUAAAAAGGUUGCUUUUUAACCAA